AUGCCCAACCACACAGUGAUCCUGGAAUUCAUUCUCCUUGGAAUCCCCCACACCGAAGGCCUCCAUAAUAUCCUGUUCGCCGUCUUUUUAUCCUUCUACCUUGUCACUUUGCUCGGCAACAUACUCAUCCUGUCUGCAAUCCUUUCUGAUGCUCGCCUCCAUACGCCCAUGUACUGGUUCCUCUGCAACCUCUCUGUGGUCGAUCUCGGCUUCUCCUCCAUCAGCACUCCAAAGUUCCUGGCCAACCUCUGGGCAGGGAGCAGAACCAUCUCCUUGGGCGGUUGCAUGUGCCAAGUGUUCUUCUACCACUUCCUGGGCAGCACCGAGUGCCUCCUCUACACUGUCAUGGCCUACGAUCGCUAUGCCGCCAUCUGCCACCCCUUGAGGUACACUGUCAUAAUGAACCGGAAAGUAUGCACCCUUUUGGCCGCUGGCGCGUGGUUCACCAGUUCGUUCCAUGCCACCAUCUUGACCAGUCUGACCUUCACGUUGCCUUACUGCGGGUCCAACAAGGUGGACUAUUUCUUGUGCGACAUUUUCCCCGUGGUCAAGUUGGCAUGCGCAGACACGUACGUGAUAGAGACGGUGAGCUUCACCAACAUCGGUGUGGUGCCCAUGGCUUGCUUCUUCCUCAUUCUCACAUCCUACAUUAGAAUUGCCAUCUCCGUACUGAGGAUGCGCUCGGCAGAAAGCCGGCGCAAGGCGGCGUCCACUUGUGCAUCGCAUUUGACAGUGGUUUGCUUCUUUUUUGGACCUUGCGCCCUUCUCUACACCCAGCCGUCCCUGAGCGAUGUGCUAGCCACACCGAUCCAAAUUUUCUGCAAUGUCGUCACCCCGAUGUUGAACCCUGUCAUCUACACUUUGCGGAACAAGGAGGUUCAGGCAGCAUUCAGAAAGAUGCAAGGUGGUUAG